AGAAAAGGCCAUGGGAUGUGGCCACUAAGAGGUCACUGGUCGCUUUGGAGAGAAGUGUCAUGGAAUGAUGAGCUGGCCGGAGGCGUGAUCCUGGGGGUGGCCCUUUGGCUCCGCCAUGACUCACAGACCACCAGCAUCCUCCACCUGAAUCUCGAUGACAAGCCAGCCCCCAGCACCUUCUACGUGGGCAUCUACAUCCUGAUUGCUGUGGGUGCCGUGAUGAUGUUUGUGGGGUUCCUCGGCUGCUAUGGCGCUAUCCAGGAGUCUCAGUGCCUGCUGGGGACGUUUUUCACCUGCCUGGUGAUCCUGUUUGCCUGUGAGGUGGCUGCUGGCAUCUGGGGCUUUGUCAACCGGGACAAGAUCGCCAAGGACGUGAAGCAGUUCUACGACCAGGCUCUGAAUAAGGCCGUGCUGGAGGACGAUGCCAGCAAUGCCAAGACUGUGGUGAAGUCCUUCCAUGAGACGCUGGGCUGCUGUGGCUCUGACGCGCUAACCUCCUUAAUCACGGCUGCUGUCAAAAGUGAGCUAUGCCCAAGUGGAAGCAACGUCCUCAUCACCCCCUUUAAGGCCAACUGUCACCAGAAGAUCGAUGAACUCUUCUCGGGGAAGCUGUAUUUGAUUGGCAUUGCCGCCAUCGUGGUGGCUGUCAUCAUGAUUUUCGAGAUGAUUCUCAGCAUGGUCCUGUGUUGCGGUAUUCGGAACAGCUCCGUAUACUGAGGGCCACACCUCUGGGGCUGUUCUGAGGUGUGGGCAGGCAGGAGAGCAGGGGAGCCCCCAGACUGUCGCUGAGUGACCAGGAGACGUCUGAAGAGAAAUCUAGAGAAUUAUGUAUAGAGAUGUUUCUGAUAUUACCGUACAGUACUUAUUAGCAUUUUUACUUUGGAGGGUUGGGGCAGGGGGGCGGGGGCGGGGGUGUUUUUAUUUUUGAAAUAAAGAAGUUGCCAGAUCCCUUUCUGUACCUCCGGCUACACGUGGGUCCUGUGUAGCCAGGGCCUCGAGGGGGUCUCCUGGGCUGAGGGCAGCAGAGGAGCCUGCAGGGAGGCCCGGCUCAGGGGGCCCCCAUCUUCCUGCAGGGCUUGGAGGUAGGGCAGGGACAGAGGCCCUUGCUGGCCCUGCCUUCUGAGGUGGGGAAGGGGAGAUGUAGGACCCCAGCCCUGAGGCCCCCUCACUCACGCAACUGUGGGCCUUUUUUUUUUUUUUUUAACCAAUCUGCGUUAUUUUUCCCAUAUCUACUUUCUUGAGCAGCAUUUCUGACGUUCUCACACUUUCUGGCCUUGUAUGUCUGACUCCGCCCCUUAGACUAUAACUUGGCCUUCCAGGACAGGCCCAAACCAGCUCAUUUCAAUAAAAGGAAAGAACAGCA